GAAUCUAGCGCCACCAAAUUGUGGAGUGCCCGGAUGUAACGAAAUCUCAAUUUUGUAUUUUGUGUGUUUUAGAGCCUUAUUAAGGCCUCAUUAAGUUCAAAUGUUAUUUUUUUUUUGUUAGAAGAAAGCUUUAUGUAGAUUUCAAGGCUGUCAUAUAAAUUUACAAGCGUAUCUGCAAGCAAGUAAAUACUAAAGGUGUGACAUGAUGAGUGUUGAAGCACAUAGUAAGACGAGCAUGGAGGCAUCAAUAGAAGCCAUUGCCAAGGUCAAUGCCAUGUUAAUAGCUAAAGGAAAGCUUAAACCAUCACAGCUGAGUAGUCCUGGACAUAGAAAGAUGGGAGUGCAGAGCAAUGUUAUUACACGAGAAGUUGAGAUAAACGAUGUUCCUAUAGGUUGUAGAAACAUGCUUACACGCGGAGCUACUCAAGAGGAGAUUUCCAAGUUGAGCGGAGCGGCAGUGGCUACUAAAGGAAGAUAUAUGAGUCAUGAAGACAAAAUCAGGAACCCAAAGGAGCGUCCAUUAUACCUGAAUGUGCAGGGAACAUCUCAAGAUGCUGUCAGCUUGGCGGUUGGAAGAAUCAAUGAGAUAAUAGCCAAUGGUAUGGCCAAACAGGGACCAAGGAUGAGCAGGUUUACAACUCGAGCAACAAACCAACCUCCGCCGCGGCACCCACCGCCACCACUAAUGGGCAUCAGUAGUAGUAAUCAGAAUACAAACAUACCACUUAUGCAAGAGAACUUGUUUAUAGGACUUGAACAUGCUCCACCUAACUUCAGCGUGAAAGAUAAGGUGUUUGGACCAGGGGGGGCCUUCCUUCAACAUAUUCAGGGUGAAACAGGGGCUAAAGUAACACUGAGAGGAAAAGGGUCUGGAUUCAUUGAGCCUACUACUGGGGGAGAGGCAGCAGAACCAAUGCAUAUACUCCUACAGCAUGUGAGCUUGGUUGGACUUCAGCAGGCAAAAGAAUUAGCAACAAAUCUCAUACAGACGGUACAGGAAGAAUACGCUGCCUUUCAGCAGUCGUUUGUGUCCGUACCACCGCCAAAUAUGGGCAUACCACAGCCGUCAAUGUUGGUUCCUCCACCACAGCUUGUCAGUUUGGCACAACCUCCACCCCUGCUACCAGGUCAGCAUAUGAUGACUUCAGUGCCGCCACCACAACCGAUGCUACAGCAACCACAGCCGCAGUCGGCAUACAUGACUCCUCCACCCCAAGUGACAAUGGCUGCAUCAUUGCCAGCACCAGGUGUGGUGAUUCCACAGCUUGCAGCCACAAACCCAGCUCCUGCCAUGGCAACACAACCGCAGCCAGGUCAGCUGCUACCACCUUCCCCACAGAUACCUGUGUAUGGUCAGCCUACAAGUCUUGGACAACCAGUACAGCAGUACAUGCAGUCUUCAGCUGAACAACAGAUCAUUGGUCAGAUAGGUACCCAGCCCCAUGUAGUUGUGAGUUUGGCACCUGGACAGCAGGGAGGUCAGGUUGUGUACUCUACAGUGGCAGGACAGCCAGUACAACAGAUUCAGCAGCAGCUGGUUCCUGCAGGAAGUGUACAGAUCCAACAGCCACAGACAGGUCAGGUGUUGCAGCAGCCAGGACAAGUUAUACAGCAGGCUGGGAUCCAGCCGCAGCAACAAGUUGGACUGCAGCAACAAAUAGCAGUGCAACAACAGCAGCAGCAACAUCAACAACAACAAAUGAUGCAGCCACAGCCGACUGUGAUCUCUAGUUCCCAGCCAUACAUUCAGCAGCCAGUCUUACAGACAACAGUGCCUCAGAUUGCUGUACAAAAUCCAAAUCUUCAGCCUGCACCAGCCCCACAACCACCAUCACUUGUUCAGCCACCAGUAGCUCAGCCAGUCUCUUGGUCAGCUCAGACAGCUUCCUAUACCAGCAUUCCUGCAGGAUCAGCACCAGGAACAGUAUACACAGUGGUGCCACAGCAUACCCAGGUGCAAAAUAACACGGAGAUGAUAAUGAGUUCUCCACAGACUCAAACCUCCGUCGUGAUGACAUCUUCAAGUGCGAGUGCUGCCACGUCCACACCCUCAGGCUACGUGUAUAAGACAGGGCCAGUAGAAGAGCCCAAACGUAGAUUCACGGAGGAGAAACAAGAUGAUAAACUUCCAGAAGGUCUCCUGGGAUAUGAACACGGGCCUCCUCACUUGACCAAUCUGAUGGUACAGCCUGGUCAGACAGCACAACCCACACCCCAGCAGCAACAGCCCCAGCCCACUCAGCAGCAGCCUCAGCAGAUCACACAGACUGUAAGUGCUGACCCAGCACAACAACAGCAACAGUUACUGUAUGCACAGCAGCAAGUGCUGCCUCCACCACAGCCUGAGCUACAACAGCAGCAACAACAACAACAACUGAUCUACAGUGGACAAGUGGUACAGCAACCACAACAACAAGCACCUGUUAUGCAGCAACAACCACAACAGUUCACUGUAGUCAGUCAGCAGCAAGUGCAACAACAACAGCAGCAACAGCAAAUGUUUCAGCAACAACAACAACAGCAGUUGCAGCAACAACAACAACAACAGAUUGCACAGAUACAAGAACAAACAAGAGUGGAUGGUGAACUGCAGGUUGCAGCUGGUCAGACAACCACCCCAGGAGGAGAGCCUCUAAGUGAAGACAAGGUGUUGAUGCCCCCACCUCCACCUCCCGUUGUAAAUCCUUUGAAGAGGCAAUCACCUGGACUGUCCCAGCAGGCUGGUCAAGAACCAAGGAAAAAAUCUAAAGGUUUCCAUGAUGAAGAUGAUGAUGUAGAUAUUCCAUCAUCUAUAGCUAGUCAAGCAAAGGAGAUGAAGAAGUUUUCCUUCAACCAAUACUCUAGUACACCUCAGUUGUACAGUACACAGACCACGAACACCUACAGUCAGUAUGGGGGCGUGGCUCAGAAUGGGGGACAGUCCCCGGGGCAGGAGUAUCAACAUGAUCAACAAUAUCAGCAGCAACAACAACAACAACAACAGUAUAUACAGGAUGGUCAGAAUGCAGCUCAGCAGUAUGUAGGAAUGAGCAGUCCUCAGCAGAGUGUUUAUGGUCAAACAUACUCGCAGUACAGCAUGGCAACAUCACAAGGAUAUAGCCCAAGCAGCUUGCCACAGCAACAACAACCGCCACCCCCACCCCCUCCACAGUUUGACACUCAGAGGUCAAGGUCACCAGAUACGGGUGAUAAAACACGCGGAUUUAAUCCACAGUAUGUACCAUCAUACACCAGAGACGAAAAUAAUUUGCUACGACAACCACCACCGCCCCCGCCACCACCCUCAACAGGAAGGCCACGGGCAUACUGGCAGUGAAAAUGUCAAGGUCAUUGUGGAAAAAAUUGAUCUUGAAACAAUGUUUACAUCUUUCAAAGAAAUAUUUUCAAAAUGAAAAUAGAUUUUUUGAGCUGUGCAACAAGAAAGUUUUCAGUACUUGUCGCUGCUGGAAAACAAGUCUUGAUGGAGAUGUGGCACUGAUCAGAGGACUAACGUGGUUUUAUUACUGGUGCUGUACAUUGAACAGUUAUGAAGUGUUGUACAAUUCUAAGAUUGACAGAUUUUGCUCAGUAUAAGGUACUGAAUUAGCGGUGAGGACUAAGGUAGACUGUUUCUACUGGGCUGAUUUGUCAGGAUAUGUUCCUGUGUAGACUUUCUGAAGUUAUCUGCAGAUAGUUCUUCUUCCGAGAGUAGAGCUUGUGCUUGACUAGUCUGGUCUCUGUGUAAAGGUAGAACUAGCAGGAGGUCUGGUAUACUUGACUGAAAACUGUGCAAUUGUGUUGACAGUCUUGAAAAGUGAUUUUAAAUGGGAAUUUUCUAAAAUUUCUUUAAAAAAUCAUGUAGAUACUACAUAUAACAUGAUGUUUGUUAAUGAUAUUUUUGUCUUGUUAUUGAUAAUAAACUUUGUAAAACCUGU